AGGGCCCGGGGGGGGCACCAUGGUGGUGACACUGGGCUACUGGGACAUUCGGGGGCUGGCCCACGCCAUCCGCCUGCUGCUGGAGUACACGGAGACCCCCUACGAGGAGCGCCAGUACCGCCCUGGCCCAGCUCCCGAUUUUGACCCGAGCGAUUGGACCAACGAGAAGGAGAAACUGGGGCUCGACUUCCCCAAUCUCCCGUAUCUCAUCGAUGGCCCCGUCAAGCUGACCCAGAGCAACGCGAUCCUGCGCUACAUCGCCCGCAAGCACAACAUGUGCGGCGAGACGGAGGAGGAGAAGCAGCGCGUGGAUGUGCUGGAAAACCAGCUCAUGGAUUUCAGGAUGGAGUUUGCCCGGCUCUGCUACAACCCCGACUUCGAGAAGCUGAAGGCGGGAUACCUGGAGCAGCUUCCCAAGAAGCUCCAGGAGUUCUCGCGCUACCUGGGCUCCCGCACCUGGUUCGCGGGGGACAAGCUGACCUUCGUGGACUUCCUGGCGUACGAUGUGCUGGACCAGCACCGCAUGUUCGUGCCCAACAGCCCCGAAUUCCAGGGAAACCUGGGCAAGUUCCUGCAGCGCUUCGAGGCCCUGCCCAAGAUCUCCUCCUACAUGAAGUCCCCACGGUUCAUUAAAGGGCCCUUUUUCUACCGCACGGCCAAGUGGAGCAACACCAAGGAGUGA